CACUCGCAUGCAUCUGUCAGUUGACCCUCAGCGUGAAUGGUAGCGUCCGAUCUUCCUCACACGCGCUCAUUCAGCGCGCGCCUCUGUUUCGCUUAAUCAAAGCAGAAGGUUGUAGAGACUCGCGAUCUUGCCGUGUUUCGCCGUGUGUGCAUUUUAAGACAGCGGGAUCCCUACGGACGGCCAUCGUCUAACUGACUCUCCAUUCAGUGGUCAUUAGCUCUCUGCGUUAGACAUUUUACCCGCUAUCCGUCGCUUUCAAGUGUGAUGUUAUACAUUUAAAGGAAUUGACAGUUAUCUUAAGAAAAGUAUCGACUCGUCGGCGUUGCAUUUGGAAGGUGCUCCCCGAGGGAAAUAAAAGUUUCCUUCGGGAAAUGAACAGGCUGUUCAGCGCAGGUGAAGGACUGUCCAGCUGUUGAGACCUCCACCUUGCGGACUGAUCGGAUCAUCAGGCUGCAACAGCUGUCAUGGAUCUGAAAGAGCGUAGGCACCGUACACUGACCCACGGCCGCUGUGGGAAAGAUUUCCAGUUCACCACCUCCUCCUUGGACAACGACGAAUGUCGCGUACCCACCCAGAAAUCCUACAGCUCCAGCGAGACCCUGAAGGCUUUUGAUCAUGAGUCACGCCUGCAUUAUGGGGGAUGUGUGACUGACCUGGUGCAUCAUGAAGCAGAUGAGUUCGCCAGACAAGGAGAGUACAUGGAUCUCUCCCCAUUCCUGAGCUACUUCAUGUCAGGGAACUUUACUCUAGCUGAGCUGGGCAUUUGUGAACCAGCCCCGCAUCAGAACGCAUACUGCCCAGACAUCGGCCUCUUACAGCGCGGCUACUCUCUGAGCGCCGGCUCAGACGCAGACUCCGACCCAGAGGGCCCGAUUUCACCUGAGCGAGCCAUCCAGCUGUGGGCCGGCCACGACAUCAAGUCCCGCCGCAGCUCUGGCCUCUCCAGCCGGGAGAACUCAGCUCUCACCCUCACUGACUCCGAGAACGAGAACAAGUCUGAUGACGAAUCAGCAUACCUUGAUGAUGAUUUUGAUGAAUUCGAUGACCCCUUUGGAGAUAUUCCAUUCAGGAUCAGGGCACUCUUUCCUGGACUUCAGAAAGGAGCUCCAAACCAUCACAGCCAGUCCACCCUGCGGCCGCCCAUCCCUCCACCGCACAACCACCAGAUGCUGUCGCACCACCAGUCCUCUGCCAACUCUCUCAACCGCAACACACUGAGCGGCCGACGCAACCCCAUCCACGCCCCUCCGUCCGCCCCGGGCGAAGGGCCCACCACACCCGAGUCAGUGCAGCUGCAGGACAGCUGGGUGCUCAACAGCAACGUCCCGUUGGAGACCAGGGCCAUUCAAGUAGUUGUGGCCUAA